UAUAACUUUCUGCUCCAUUUUUUCUCUUGCUUUUCCCUAUGUUGAUAUGGCGAGUUUGUACUUUCGCCAUGAUCUUUCGCUUCUUGGAUAUUCUUUGUAGUCUUUUAUUUGUUAUUAAUCCAAAGAAAUGUUCUUCCAGACUUGUUUUCAAGUGGGAUGAACUUGGAAAAGAGAUCCUUGGAAUUGCAUUUCCAGCUGCUCUAGCUGUUGCCGCUGAUCCCAUUGCUUCUCUUAUCGACACCAUUUUCGUCGGCCAUAUUGGAGCGGUUGAACUGGCGGCUGUUGGAGUGUCUGUUGCAAUAUUCAAUCAAGCUUCAAGGAUUACGAUAUUCCCACUGGUGAGCAUAACAACAUCAUUUGUUGCUGAGGAAGACGCUAUUGGAAAAACAGCCAUAAAACCAGUCAAAUGUGAUAUAGAGAAGCAUUUGACAGAGAAUGGCCAAAAGAGAGAGCUUACAUCAAUCAAGAAGGAAAACAUGUUGGAAAAUAGUAGUUCUGCUUCACUAACAAGUAACGAACCAAGAAACUCGGCACCCCAAAAUGGCACCAUUCAAGACUUGGAAAAUAAUGCAUCGGAAGCAAAGUGUGAGGAGCUAGAAAAGAAAUCCCCAAAACAAGAUGGAAUGAAAGAAUCAAUACCAGAAAAUGCAACACUUGAGAAUGUUGAAAAAGAUUUGAGCACAAAUAAGGGUCAGCCUCCUGCUGCCUGCACCCCUACAGUCAAGCCUAAUAAGAAUGAGAAGAAGCACAUUGCUUCAGCAUCCACAGCACUGAUUUUUGGGACAGUUUUGGGCCUCUUGCAAGCUGUAUUUCUUGCAUUUGGAGCUAAAUACCUAUUAAAUGUAAUGGGAGUGAAGCAAGGCUCUCCAAUGCUAGCUCCUGCAAUGAAAUACUUGGUGUUAAGAUCACUUGGUGCUCCUGCUGUUCUCCUCUCUCUGGCCAUGCAGGGAAUCUUCAGAGGGUUUAAGGACACAAGAACUCCUCUCUAUGUCAUUGUUUUGGGGUACACAACAAAUAUCAUCUUGGAUCCAAUAUUGAUAUUUGUAUGCCAUUUGGGAGUGAAGGGUGCAGCCAUUGCACAUGUUCUCUCUCAGUACCUAAUUGUGUUGGUCCUUGCUUGGAGAUUGAUGCAAAAAGUUAAUCUCUUACCCCCUAGCCUUAGAGAUUUGCAGUUUGGUCGGUUUCUAAAAAAUGGUAGUCUGCUGCUGGCAAGAGUUAUAGCUGUGACCUUUUGUGUGACACUUGCUGCAUCCAUGGCUGCUCGUCUAGGUCCGACACCAAUGGCUGCCUUCCAAACUUGCUUGCAAGUCUGGAUGACAUCAUCCCUCCUCGCUGAUGGCCUCGCUGUUGCCGGACAGGCGAUCCUAGCCUGUGCAUUUGCGGAGAAAGAUUACGAGAAGACAACGGCUACAGCCACAAGGGUGCUACAGAUGAGUUUCGUUCUGGGCGUUGGACUUGCCGUGAUUGUUGCAGCGAUUAUGUUCUUCGGAGCUGGAAUCUUCUCCGGAGAUUUAAAUGUGCAGACCCUCAUCCACCUCGGAGUGCCGUUUGUGGCAGCCACACAACCAAUGAACUCUUUAGCAUUUGUUUUUGAUGGAGUCAACUUUGGAGCCUCUGAUUUUGCUUAUUCUGCCUAUUCUUUGACUUUGGUCUCCAUUGCUACCAUCAUCUCUCUAUUCCUUCUAUCCAAAAGCUAUGGCUUCCUUGGAAUUUGGACAGCUUUGGCCAUCUACAUGGCCCUUCGCACUCUUGUGGGUUUCUUGAGGAUGGGAAGUGGAACAGGACCUUGGCGUUACCUAAGAGAACCAUUGUUGCCCUAAUUAUAUUGUUGCAUCACAAGAGAAAGUUCAAUUAGUAAAGUCUUAUAAGAACAAUAUUAAUCUUAUGG